GGAGGCGGCGGCGUAGGCCCCGGCGGGGCGUUUGGUUUCGGUUUUGCCCUGACUUGAGUUAGCACUGACGGUCGAAAUGGGAGUCCCCAAGUUUUACCGAUGGAUCUCGGAGCGGUAUCCCUGCCUCAGCGAAGUGGUGAAGGAGCAUCAGAUUCCUGAAUUUGAUAACUUAUACCUGGAUAUGAAUGGAAUUAUACAUCAUUGUUCCCAUCCUAAUGAUGAUGAUGUUCACUUCAGAAUUUCAGAUGAUAAAAUCUUUACUGAUAUUUUUCACUACUUGGAGGUGUUGUUUCGCAUUAUUAAACCUAGGAAAGUGUUCUUCAUGGCCGUUGAUGGUGUGGCUCCUCGAGCAAAGAUGAACCAGCAGCGUGGGAGGCGUUUUAGGUCAGCAAAGGAGGCAGAAGACAAAAUUAAAAAGGCAGUAGAAAAAGGAGAAACUCUUCCUACAGAGGCCAGAUUUGAUUCCAACUGCAUUACACCAGGGACUGAAUUCAUGGCCAGGUUACACGAACAUCUGAAGUAUUUUGUAAAUAUGAAAAUUUCUACAGACAAGUCGUGGCAAGGAGUUACCAUCUACUUCUCAGGCCAUGAGACUCCUGGAGAAGGAGAACAUAAAAUCAUGGAAUUUAUCAGAUCCGAGAAGGCAAAGCCAGAUCAUGAUCCAAACACCAGACACUGUCUUUAUGGCUUAGAUGCUGACUUGAUUAUGCUUGGAUUAACAAGUCAUGAGACACAUUUCUCUCUUUUAAGAGAAGAGGUUCGGUUUGGUGGCAAAAAGACACAAAGGGUAUGCGCACCAGAAGAAACCACAUUUCACCUUCUACACUUGUCUUUAAUGAGAGAGUAUAUUGACUAUGAGUUUUCAGCAUUAAAAGACAAGAUCACAUUUAAAUAUGAUAUUGAAAGGAUAAUAGAUGAUUGGAUUUUGAUGGGAUUUCUUGUUGGCAAUGAUUUUAUCCCUCAUCUACCUCAUUUACAUAUUAAUCAUGAUGCACUGCCUCUUCUUUAUGGAACAUAUAUUACCAUCCUGCCAGAACUUGGGGGUUAUAUUAAUGAAAGUGGGCAUCUCAACUUACCUCGAUUUGAGAAAUACCUUGUGAAACUAUCAGAUUUUGAUCGAGAGCACUUCAGUGAAGUUUUUGUGGACCUAAAGUGGUUUGAAAGCAAAGUUGGUAACAAGUACCUCAAUGAAGCAGCAGGUGUCGCAGCAGAAGAAGCCAAGAACUACAAGGAAAAGAAAAAAUCAAAGGGCCAGGAAAACUCCGUAUGUUGGGCUGCUUUAGACAAAAAUGGAGAAGAAGUGGUAACUUCUAAGGACAAUUUAGAAGAUGAGACUGAAGAUGAUGACUUGUUUGAAACCGAGUUUAGACAAUAUAAAAGAACAUAUUACAUGACAAAGAUGGGAGUUGACGUAGUUUCUGAUGACUUUCUGGCUGAUCAAGCUGCAUGUUAUGUUCAGGCAAUACAGUGGAUUUUGCACUAUUACUAUCAUGGAGUUCAGUCCUGGAGCUGGUUUUAUCCGUACCAUUAUGCACCUUUCCUAUCUGAUAUUCGCAACAUCAGUACACUCAAAAUCCAUUUUGAACUAGGAAAACCUUUUAAGCCAUUUGAACAGCUUCUUGCUGUACUUCCAGCAGCUAGCAAAAAUUUACUUCCUACAUGCUACCAGCAUUUGAUGACCAAUGAAGACUCGCCAAUUAUAGAAUAUUAUCCACCUGAUUUUAAAACUGACCUAAAUGGGAAGCAACAGGAAUGGGAAGCUGUGGUUCUAAUACCUUUUAUUGAUGAGAAGCGAUUGUUGGAAGCCAUGGAGACAUGCAGCCACUCCCUCAAAAAAGAAGAGAGGAAAAGAAACCAACAUAGUGAGUGCCUAAUGUGCUGGUAUGAUAACGAGACGGAGUUCACAUACCCCUCUCCGUGGCCAGAAAAGUUCCCUGCCAUAGGACGAUGCUGCGCAAGGUAUAAAAUAAUAUCAUUAGAUGCUUGGCAUGUAGACAUAAGCAAAAACAAAAUAACCAGGGUUGACCAGAAGGCAUUAUAUUUCUGUGGAUUUCCUACUUUGAAACACAUCAAACACAAAUUUUUUUUGAAGAAAAGUGGGGUUCAAGUAUUCCAGCAAAGCAGUCGUGGAGAAAACAUGAUGUUGGAAAUCUUAGUGAACGCAGAAUCAGAUGAACUUAGUGUAGAAAAUAUAGCUUCAUCAGUGCUUGGGAAGUCUCUCUUUGUUAAUUGGCCUCAUCUUGAAGAAGCUAGAGUUGUUGGUGUAUCAGAUGGAGAAACUAAGUUUUACUUGGAAGAACCUGCAGGAACACAGAAGCUUUAUUUGGGAAGAACUGCACCACCCUCUAAAGUGGUCCAUCUUGGAGACAAAGAACAAUCUAACUGGACAAAAGAAGUACAAGGAAUUUCAGAAUACUACCUGAGAAGAAAAGGAAUAAUAAUAAAUGAAACAUCUGCAGUUGUAUACGGUCAGUUACUCACAGGUCGUAAAUAUCAAAUAAAUCAAAAUGGUGAAGUCCGUCUAGAGAAACAGUGGUCAAAACAAGUUCUUCCAUUUGUUUAUCAAACUAUUGUCCAAGACAUCCGAGCUUUUGACUCCCGUUUCUCCAAUAUUAAAACAUUGGAUGACUUGUUUCCUCCUAGAAGUAUGGUCUUUAUGCUGGGAACACCCUAUUAUGGAUGCACUGGAGAAGUUCAGGAUUCAAGGGAUGUGAUUACAGAAGGCAGGAUUCGUGUGGUUUUCAGUAUUCCAUGUGAACCCAAUCUUGAUGCUUUAAUACAAAACCAGCAUAAAUAUUCUAUAAAGUACAACCCAGGAUAUGUGUUGGCCAGUCGCCUUGGAGUGAGUGGAUACCUUGUUUCAAGGUUUACAGGAAGUAUUUUUAUUGGAAGAGGAUCUAGGAGAAACCCUCAUGGAGACCAUAAAGCAAAUGUGGGUUUGAAUCUCAAAUUCAACAAAAAAAAUGAGGAGGUACCUGGAUAUACUAAGAAAGUUGGAAGUGAAUGGAUGUAUUCAUCUGCAGCAGAACAACUUCUUGCAGAGUACUUGGAGAGAGCUCCAGAACUAUUUAGUUAUAUAGCCAAAAAUAGCCAAGAGGAUGUGUUCUAUGAAGACGACAUUUGGCCUGGAGAAAAUGAGAAUGGUGCUGAGAAAGUUCAAGAAAUUAUUACUUGGCUAAAGGGACAUCCUGUCAGUACUUUGUCUCGUUCUUCUUGUGAUUUACAAAUUCUGGAUGCAGCUAUUGUUGAGAAAAUUGAAGAAGAAGUUGAAAAGUGCAAGCAAAGAAAGAAUAAUAAGAAGGUUCGAGUGACAGUGAAGCCCCAUUUGCUAUACAGACCUUUAGAACAGCAACAUGGAGUCAUUCCUGAUCAGGAUGCAGAAUUUCGUCUCUUUGACCGAGUUGUAAAUGUGAGAGAGAACUUUUCCGUUCCAGUUGGCCUUCGGGGCACCAUCAUAGGAAUUAAAGGGGCCAAUAGAGAAGCUGAUGUACUAUUUGAAGUAUUAUUUGAUGAAGAAUUUCCUGGAGGUUUAACAAUAAGGUGCUCACCUGGUAGAGGUUAUCGACUGCCAACAAGUGCCUUGGUGAACCUUUCUCAUGGGAGUCGCUCUGAGACAGGAAAUCAGAAGUUGACAGCCAUUGUGAAACCACAGCCAGCUGUGAAUCACUAUAGCUCAAAUGCAUCAAUUUCAUCUGGGCAUUUGGGAGGUCUGAACCAUUCCCCUCAAUCACUUUUUGUUCCUACUCAAGUACCUGCUAAAGAUGAUGAUGAAUUUUGCAACAUUUGGCAAUCCUUACAGGGAUCUGGAAAGGUUCAACACUUUCAGCCACCUCUACAAGAGAAGGGUGCAGUUCUACCUCAAGAAAUAAGUCAAGUAACUCAACAUCACAAAUCUGGCUUUAAUGAGAACAGUGUUAAGCAAAGAAAACAUGAGCCUCACAGAAAAUUUAAAGAAGAGUGUAAGAGUCCUAAAACUGAGAGUCGGUCACAAAAAAUAUCAAAUAGGCAGCCUAAUCCUGGAAUUGAGAACUUCUUAGCAUCCUUGAAUAUCUCCAAAGAAAAUGAAGUACAGUCAUCUCAUCAUAAAGAGCCUCCAAACGAAGAACAUUUGUCACCACAGUCAUUUGCUCUGAAGGGAACUCGGAUGCUUAAAGAAAUUCUAAAAAUUGAUGGCUCUGACACUGUGGACCAUAAGAAUGAGAUGAAACAAUUUGGUAAUGAAGUCACUGUUUCCUCUAAUAGAAGAGAUGAAUAUGGAUCUUCCUCACAGCCUAAACAAAGUAAGAAAUUAACAUCUUAUAUGAACAAGCCUCACAGUGCUAGUGAGUACCAUAAUGUUCAGUCUGUGGACAGUGUGUGCUGGCCUGCCGCCAGCCAGAUUCCUCCUGUGUCCACACCAGUAACUGAACUUUCUCGAAUUUGUUCCCUUGUUGGAAUGCCACAACCAGAUUUCUCCUUUCUGAGAACACCACAGACAAUGACAGUUUGCCAGGUAAAAUUAUCUAACGGCUUACUGGUACAUGGGCCACAGUGCCAUUCUGAAAAUGAAGCCAAAGAAAAAGCUGCACUUUUUGCUUUACAACAAUUGGGCUCCUUAGGAGUGAAUUUCCCUUUGCCUCCACCAAUAUUUCCAAGUUAUCCUCCUGCUGUACCACCUGGAACCAUUCCUCCAGUUUUUCCCCAACCUACUGGCUGGGAUCACUAUGGAAGCAACUUAGCAUUGGGGGCAGCUAAUAUAAUGCCCUCAUCGUCUCAUCUCUUUGGCUCAAUGCCGUGGGGACCACCAGUGCCAGUUCCUGGGAAGCCCUUCCAUCAUACUUCAUAUGCUGGGACCAUGCCCAUGGCUGGAGGAAUGCCAGCUGGUGUGCACAAUCAGUUCAUACCUCUACAGGUAACUAAAAAAAGGGUUGCAAACAAAAAGAACUUUGAGAACAAGGAUGCCCAGAGUUGUCAAGCCACCCUACUUCAGACUAGCCAGUCAGCAUCUUCUGACGUCACCAAAGUGAUUCCACAGGAGAGUUUAUCAGCUUCCUUAAAGUCCUCUCAGAUUACUCAACUUGCGUCUCCUUUUCAAGUUGAAGCUGCCUCCCCAGGCCACAGUGUGUCUCACCGUAAGUCAACACCAAGCUCCUCAAGAAGAAAAUCAAGAAAACUGGCUGUCAAUUUUGGAGUUUCUAAACCUUCUGAAUAAAUUUGGUACUUGGAAUUAAAUUAAUUUUGUUCCUUUCCUCCCACCUUUUUAUAAAUCCAUAUCUGUGUCUCAUAAAA